AUGCUAGACGGAGAACUGUCGAAAUUCUUCGACAUUGAGCAGGGGGUCCCACAAGGUUGCACGCUGUCUCCAACAUUGUUCCAGGUGUUCAUCAACGAUCUGUUGGAAGUCGUAGAGGCAGUCCGGAAGGGAGUACAAGUAGGGGACACGGAAACGUCGGGACUGCAACUGCAAAUUGACGCGGCGAAGAAGUUUACUGAUAAGUGGAGAUUGUCUGCCAACGUUCAGAAGAGUGCCGUCAUGGUAUGCAACGAGAACAAGGAGGAACCAGUAGAACAUAGAUGGAAGUGGGGGAUCGAGGAGAUUGCAGUAGUGGACCAGUACACAUACCUCGGAGUAGAGAUUGCAGAAGGUUGCUCGUGGAAUGCACACAUGUCCAAGGUAGCGGAAAAGGGCAAAGCACGAGCAGGGAAGCUGCACCCAAUACUCGCAAACCGGCACCUCGAUACACGCAUCAAAUUGACGGUUUUGAAGAGCGUAAUCGUACCGCCGCUAGAGUACGCCGGAGAAGUAUGGGAAGGAAAUAAGAAGGCAGUGAAAGAACUCGGCGCGGCGCAGAUGAAAGCAGCGAAAACCAUCCUAGGAUGCUCCAGGCGCACAAGUAAUGCAGCCGUGAGGGCAGAAUUGGGGAUCCAAUCCCUACGGUCGGGAAGAGACGCGAGGAAGCUGACCUGGCAGUAUCGCAUGUGCGGGAUGGGAGAGGAGAGGUUGCCGAGAAUUGUAUGGGAGGCGAAGUGGGCAAACAAAAAGAGGGGUAGACAACCCACGGAAUGGGUCAAGGUUGUAGAGGACGUAUGGAAGGGGCUCGACAUCGGCGAAGAUGAAACGCUGGAAACGGAGGGUCUACAGGGGUUCAAGGAGAAGAUAUCUGUUGCUUGUGCCGAGAGAGAAGAACAGAAUCUGAGGAAAGAAUCCAAGGAUAAGGAGGGUCUAGAAGUGUACGGAAUGUUGAAGGAAGGAAUAGGGUUCAAGGACUACCUACAUGGACCAAUGGAUGCAGGAACAAAGCUUAAGGUCAAAUUCAGGACCGGGGACAUAGGCCUUCGAGAACGUCGACGAAGACAUAGGACGGUAGACGAGGAAGACGACGAGUUCAAAUGUGAUUGCGGCUUCGAAUGCGAAGACCGUGUUCAUGUAGUCGCGGAAUGUCCGUUGUACAAGAAGGAGAGGGAAGUGUACGUGACUGAGCUGGGAAAAAUAGAUGGAACGUACAGGGAGAUGUUUGAGGCAUGGAAUAGAGAGGAAAGGACGGUAGCUGUACUGGGGCAUAGGAGGUGGGUUGAAAAGGCGGGAAGAGAUAUCGUUAGGAUAGACAGACUAGGGAAGUCACUUUUGAGCCAACUUUGGC